UCCAUAACCCCUUCGUUCAACCGCCAGAACGCAACUACCUUACCAUGGCCACACAAAUUCUCAGAAAAAUCAAGCAUGAGCUUGAAACUCACAACUCCGAGUUUCUUGUAUUCACGCACCUUGAUCCAACGGUAUCCUCUACAGUUCUCAGAAAUCUUCUUUAUCCGAAUGAUAAUACCGAUACCCUUGGGUUGAGGUAAGUAUAUGCCCAGCACAACGGAGGAGAUGCUAAUUAUUACGAGAAUCCACUUUGUGGCCCCCGACGGCUACCUCAGAAUAGUGAUGCCAACUGCCCUUCAUGAGACUGCAGUUGGUUGGAUGAGGGCGGAAUGGACCUUGUGGGCGUAUGACCAUCUCCUCACCCCGGCAGCAGUUGAAGCAAUAACGGAUGGCCUCAUUAGUAUGUCCAUUUGUCCUACGAAGCUCCCUAGCCUCUACUGAUAAUUGUGUAGCUCAUGAUCACUUUCUUGGACCGUUUGCGGGCUCCUCAAAAACACCAGACCUCGCCUACAGCCCCUGUAUUAAUGGGAUAAGGAGGGCAUUUGCAACGGUAGUCCUUGAGUCCGGGUGGACGGAAUCAGAGGCACAGUUACUGCGUGACCUCCAAUUGUGGCAGGAAGGGACAGCGGGGGCCGUCAAGAUUAUUAUCUUGUUCAAAUUGUCUAGAUCCCGUGAACAAAACCGAGUUAAGGCCACCCUGCUCUUCUCCCGAUAUGUGGCUGGUGGUGCACCGGUGAUGUCUUUAUACGUAUUCUCUCCCCUUCCCUGUCGUACCUUCCUCUAUCUUCCUUGCAUCCUACUAACCAACCCUCUCAUCUUGUAGUCGAUCUUUCCUUCGCCGAGCCAGCCCUAUCCAGACCCCUGGAUAACGGUUGAUGAGCUGUUUGGGGGGAUGGCUCCCGGUGGUCUGAACCCGGGAGUGCAGUUACCGUUAAGUCUGGAACGACUUCGGGUUCGGGUGGAGGCAGAGAUGCGACAGCAGGGAUUUGUCCCUGCUGUCACUGGCAACUAGGUCUUGUAUUAUACUAUUUGUCUUGUAUUAUAUUAUUUGUCUUGUACUAUAUUAUUUG